AUGCACUUGGCUGCGGUCGAGAUCAUGAAGCUGGAAAACAUCAUUAUUUUGCAGAACAAGGUAGUCAAGUCUCGUGCACACCAAAAAUCAAUCGCUGCAUUCGUCAAGGACACGAUAUCUAUGCAACUGAAAUACAACAUCGACGCUGUCAACGAAUACAUCGUAAAGCGCAUACCCAUCGCCACAAGCCGAUUUUCAGCAGGAUUCUUCUCUGCAUGCGGAGAACAAUUACUUGCAAGCGGAUCGUCUUGUGGGUCAAGUGCUGGGCACGGUGGGGAAGCUCCCGAAGGUCUAUACUGUUUGUUCCUUCUCCGCCGUUUGCUUGGAGUUCGUGCAGAAGACAAGAAACAAACAAAAGUCUCGAAACUUGCCAAGAACGAGCUCUUACUGAUUAACAUCGGGUCAACGUCGACUGGUGGAUGGGUGUUGAGUGUAAAAGGAGAUCUCGCGAAGAUCCAGUUGACUUCGCCCGCAUGUACGGAGGUUGGAGAAAAGGUCGCGCUUUCGAGACGUAUUGAGAAGCACUGGCGGCUUGUUGGGGAAGUGUACAACGCGGGACGGUGUUGGAGUUGGACUGAUGCGCGUCCCACAUUCUUGCACUUGAUGUGA